CGGGUGACGUCUCCGGAGGAACGUCGGCGUAGUCGGCAGCGUCGGCUGCCGUGCCAGAGUCGUCCGCUCGAAAAUGGCGGAAUACUUGGCCUCCAUCUUCGGCACCGAAAAAGACAAAGUCAACUGUUCAUUUUAUUUCAAAAUCGGAGCAUGUCGUCAUGGAGACAGAUGUUCUCGGUUGCACAAUAAACCAACCUUUAGCCAGACCAUUGCCCUCUUGAACAUUUACCGUAACCCUCAAAACUCUUCCCAGUCUGCUGACGGUUUGCGCUGUGCCGUGAGCGACGUGGAGAUGCAGGAGCACUAUGAUGAGUUCUUUGAGGAAGUCUUCACUGAGAUGGAAGAGAAGUACGGGGAAGUUGAAGAGAUGAACGUCUGUGACAACCUAGGAGACCACCUGGUGGGGAACGUGUAUGUCAAGUUUCGACGUGAGGAGGAUGCAGAGAAAGCUGUGAUCGACUUGAAUAACCGUUGGUUUAAUGGACAGCCGAUCCAUGCAGAGCUCUCCCCAGUAACUGAUUUCAGGGAAGCCUGCUGCCGCCAGUAUGAAAUGGGAGAGUGCACAAGAGGGGGCUUCUGCAACUUCAUGCAUUUGAAGCCCAUCUCAAGAGAGCUACGACGGGAGCUGUAUGGGCGCCGGCGCAAGAAGCAUAGAUCCAGGUCCCGAUCCAGGGAACGGCGUUCCCGAUCCAGAGACCGUGGGCGCGGUGGUGGAGGUGGAGGUGGAGGUGGCGGAGGACGGGAGCGUGACAGGAGGCGGUCAAGAGACCGGGAAAGAUCUGGACGAUUCUGAGCCGAGCCCUUUUUACCGUGUGUCUGCUAGACAGUGUUGUAGUUGGUUGACAAGCCAGUUCAUAAUGGGAUUUUUUUUUAAAAAAAAAACAACAAAGAUGGGUUUCUGAAUAAACUUUGUAGUGAUACAGUA